CUUUACCACUAAUUCACAUGCAUCAUUCCUGAAGAUCUGUCGUUUCUCACACAUGAAAUCAUUUUCAUCAUCACGUGAAAGUGUACAUGGGCAUAUCUCUAAUCAAUAACUAAAGGUGGUAAUUAAUUUGAUGGAUGGAUUGGAUUGUUUUGAGUUGAAGAAAACCAAUUGCAAUGUCUCAAAAUAUCCACAGUUUCCCGUUCUAUAUAAAGGGUAACAAAUUCCCUUCGAGCAUAGCAUAAAAGAUGGCAAAGAUGCUUCUCCCUAUCUUUUUCAUUUUUUCUUUCUUAUUCUCUUCCUCCAAUGCAUUAGACUUCUGCGUUGCAGACUUAACGGCCCCUCAAGGCCCUGCAGGCUACUCUUGCAAGAAGCCUGAAGUAGUCACCACAGACGAUUUUGUUUUCUCAGGCCUUGCUACUGCAGGCAACAUCUCAAACCUUAUAAAAGCUGCUGUAACACCAGCAUUUGAUGCUCAAUUUCCAGGUGUUAAUGGACUUGGCAUUUCCAUGGCUCGUCUGGACUUUGCUGUUGGUGGAGUGGUGCCUAUGCAUACACACCCUGGGGCUUCAGAAAUCCUCGUUAUAAUUAAAGGGACAAUUUCUGCUGGAUUCGUAUCCUCAGCCAACAAAGUUUACUUCAAAACUCUCAAAACGGGAGAUAUUAUGGUUUUCCCCAAAGGUUUAUUGCAUUUUCAAAUCAAUGCAGGUCAAACUCAAGCAUUGGCAUACGUAUCCUUCAGUAGUCCUAGCCCUGGUCUCCAGAUCCUUGACUUUGCCUUGUUUGGAAAUGAUUUGCCUUCUGACAUUAUAGAAGAGACUACCUUCCUCGACGAUGCUCAGGUUAAGAAGCUGAAGGGCGUUCUUGGAGGAACUGGUUAAGAUAUCUAAAUCUAUGGAGGUUGUUUUUCUCUUCCAUAAUCUUGUGCAUGAUUCCCUGGUUUCUUGCAAAUUGUCAUGUAAUUAAAAACUGUGCAAGCAUAAGUGUCUUCCAGUCAACGGUAGUUUGCUUAAUUACUAGCAAACAGUCUAGUUGUACUUCUUUGUAUUCCUUCCAAGCUCAAAUAAAAACAACCAUUCCCUGAAGGCAAAUUCUUUUCCUCCCUGUCUGCAAAUCUUAAAUAAAUGGAUUUUGGGAGUGCAAUUUUGAGGUUAGAAUGGAAUAUUGC